AUGGUUUCCAAAGCUGUAGAAGCGCCCAACGUAGGGUUCGAUUUCUCCAAUUACGCCAGAAACGAAUUCUUCGGUCAGAGAUUACAAGGUAUACCGAAAGCCACUUCGACCGGUACCACCAUCGUAGGAGUGAUUUUCGGAGGAGGUGAUUCAGGUGAAGAACCUGGUGUAUGCUUGGGAGCAGAUACGAGAGCUACGGGAGGACCUAUUGUGGCUGAUAAAAAUUGUGAGAAGAUCCACUAUCUCACGCCACAAAUCAGAUGUUGUGGUGCCGGUACAGCAGCCGAUACAGAAUUCGUCACCAACCUCAUUUCAUCGAAUCUUGAACUACAUGCCCUUUCGCAAGGUCGACCAGCGAGAGUAGUCACAGCCAUGACGAUGCUCAAACAGUAUUUGUUCAGGUAUCAAGGACAUGUCGGUGCACACUUAGUACUCGGUGGAGUGGACGUUACAGGUCCUCAACUAUUCACAGUCCACGCACACGGUUCAACAGAUAAGUUACCUUACGUCACGAUGGGUUCAGGUAGUUUGGCAGCUAUGGCCGUGUUUGAAUCUUCUUUCAAGGAGAAUAUGAAGAGAGAAGAAGCUAUUGCAUUGGUAUCGAGAGCGAUUAGAUCGGGUAUCUUCAAUGAUCUGGGUUCAGGUUCCAACGUUGAUGUAGCUGUGAUUACUAAGAAUGGUACGGAGAAUUUGAGGAAUUAUGAGAUGCCUAACGAACGAGGUCUCAAAUCUCGAAACUACAAGUUCCGAAGGGGUACCACAGCCUGGACGAAGGAGUCUAUCCGGUCUCUGAUCGUCUCUGAGGAAGUGAAAUCAACCACUGGAGCAGGUAAAGAUCAAGGUGGUGUGGAAGUCGUCGCUGUACCUACUGGUGCUGGAGCGGGUGGUGAGGAAGGUAUGGAGAUUGAUAGUUAG